CCGAUAGACAGCAAUCCAAUCUCCAUCAAAUUCCUACCUACUCCUACCCACUUACCAACAAUCUACAUGGACCAUUGUUUAUCUGGUGAUGUCAGGUUAAAAGCAGAGUAAACUCUUGUCUCAUUUACACACAAUCAUCGUCUUUUAGUAAUGAAAACGUCUGGUUAGGAAAUAGAUUAUUUUCAAUCCAAUUCAAUUCAAUCCGGGUAACAAAAAGAAGAAAAAAGCAAUCAGUGAGUGACUCGUGAUGAGCGGGUGGUGUUUCUGUUCCUUGUGGAUGAUAACAAGAUGGAAGGAUUCUCCACAAUCGAUGGCUUUGUGAAUGUGAACGAAGGCGUGGUAGAUAUGUUGAAGUAUUUGGCAAAUGAACCUUCUGUUGGUCUUUAUUACGUCCAGCAACAUACCCACACCGCCCUUCCUAAUCUUCUCCAUCUCAAUGGAAAAGUUGUGAGCAAGUCUUACAAAACUAUGCUUCAUACAGAAGAUUUGGAAGACUCUAUUACUAUGGUGAGGUCAAUGAAACAAUGUGGAUUGUCAAUUGCCGAUGAUAUGGUUAAGGAGAUCAAUAAGUCUCUAAUUGUCAUGUUGACAUCACACCCACGGUUAAUCAGCAACUCGAGUUCAGCAUCUCAGACAAGUAGAAGCAUCAACUCUUGGGGACCCGUGGCUUUUGGGUCUGGAGCAGUUGGCAACCCGCAAGAUGGAGAAGGAAGUGCUAGUUAUUUGUCAAGUGUUCUGAAAUCGGCAAAAGAGAAGCUACGGUUUCCUAGUCCUCCACUCUCUGAAGAGGUAUCAGCUACAGCACAUGUUUCAACAUUGCCUGAUAAAGAAGCAGCUGAAGAGCUCCCGUUGUCAAGUCAGAUUGCAGAGCAGCAGCAUGAAAGACCAGUACCCUAUGAUGGAGACUCACCCCCUCAUGAGUUAUCUUUGCUUACAGAAAACUACGAGGAGUUCAAAGCUGAUAGAGAAGCAAAACUACAAGAAUGGCUGCAGGAGGAAUGAGAAGCUGAAUGCGCGAAGGAAAUUAAACUCACAAGGAUAACAAAGAAAGAGUUGACAUGGAUGAACAGUGAGUGUUAUAUAUUGGCUUGUGGCUGAUUGACAGUGAGCAUCCAUGUAGGAUCAGAUGGGUUUAUUUUCUUUAGUGAGAUGGGUAUGCUAUAGUGAGAUGGGUCCACAGGCUGUUAAUGGGAUUAUGAUUAUUUUCUUGAUUAAAGAGAACAGUAUGGUUAUCAAAUUUUUUUUUUUUUUUUUU